CCCUCCUCACUUUUAGGCGGAGCGCCAUGCGUCUCAACUCCAGCGACCCUUAGAAAAGUGGCUCAGACCGCAGCGUGACGCUCGCGCUCCUUUGAACCGAGAGUUCCGUGUGGGCGCUGGAGCUGUUGGCAAGUGAAGCAAAUCCGCGUGCACGAGAGAGGAGCGUUACUCUGGUUUAACACACCCAACGCCCAACCCCCGUGAUGCUCUGGCUGUACGUGUCGCUCCUGGGGCUCUUCCCACUGCUCUUGGACCCGAGGCCGGUGGGGGCCGAUGAUGGCUGCUUCAGCGAAAAGAACUCCUUCAUCUGCCUGGGGGACGAAGUGCGUCAGAUGCCCGCCGUCAUCCCCAGCGACACCACCAGCGUGGUGUUCAGGAUGACGAAGCUCAGGAUCAUACCGCCGCAAGCCUUCUGCGGACUGAGCGAAGUGUCCGAAAUCACGGUGAUAGAGAACGGGUUCCUGAAAGAGAUCGGAGCAUUCGCCUUCGCCAACCUGUCUAAAGUGGUUGAAAUAACAAUCACUGCAGCCAAACAUCUGGCUGUGAUCCAUAAGGAUGCCUUCUGGAAUCUACCGAAGCUGAGAUACCUGUCCAUCACGAACACCGGCCUCAAACAGCUGCCUGAUUUCACCAAGAUCAACUCAGCAGGAUAUGACUUCGUGCUUGACUUCCAGGACAACCUGUACGUAGACGUGAUUCCACCCAACGCCUUUCUGGGAAUGUACACUGACAUUGUGGACCACCUGAGACUGUCCAAGAACGGGAUCACUGAGGUGCAGAGCCAUGCCUUUAACGGCACGAAAAUGACGAGGCUGUUUCUCACGGGAAACCAGCAGUUAAGGCACAUCCACAGCCAGGCCUUCACGGGAGCAGAAGGCCCUGGUCUAUUAGACAUCUCGCGAACGGCUGUCAGCACCCUGCCGGAGAACAUGCUUCACGGCCUCAAGGUGUUGAAGGCCGUGGCAGUGCAGAACCUGAAGAAGCUGCCCAGCCCGAAGCUCUUCACUCAACUCAUCGAGGCCAACCUGACUUACCCGAGCCACUGCUGCGCCUUUGCCAACUUCAGGAGGAACAUGUCCACGCAGAGCCCAUACUGCAGUCUACCCGGCAUCGAGAAGGGAGAGCCAGGCUUCUUCAGGGAGUACUGUCAGACAAACAACGAGGUAUCCUGCUUCCCCAAGCCAGAUGCCUUCAACCCGUGCGAGGACAUCAUGGGCUUCACCUACCUGCGCGUGCUCAUCUGGCUCAUCAGCGUGUUGGCGAUUGCCGGCAACUUGCUGGUGUUAACCGUGCUGCUGAGCAGCCACUACAAGCUCACCGUGCCACGCUUCCUCAUGUGUCACCUGGCCUUCGCUGACCUCUGUAUGGGUGUCUACCUGCUGCUCAUCGCCACCAUGGACACCCACACUCGCUCGCAGUACUACAACUACGGAAUUGACUGGCAAACAGGACCCGGAUGCACUACUGCCGGUUUCAUCACUGUCUUCGCUAGCGAGUUGUCCAUCUACACACUCACGGCGGUCACUGUCGAGCGCUGGCAUUCCAUCACGUUUGCGCUCCAAGUAGAACGACACCUGCGGCUGUGGCACGCUCGCGCCAUCAUGGCCGUCGGCUGGCUCUUUGCCUUGCUGGCCGCCAUGCUCCCUGUGGUCGGGGUUAGCAGCUACUCCAAAGUGAGCAUCUGCCUGCCGAUGGAUGUGGAGACGACAGUAGCCCAGGUGUACGUGGUGGGGCUGCUGCUGCUGAACGCCCUGGCCUUCCUGGUAAUGUGCAUCUGCUACGUGCACAUCUACAUGACUGUGCGCAAUCCCAGCUUUGUUCGAGCCAGUGCCGACAUGCGCAUGGCGCAGCGGAUGGCCGUGCUUAUCUUCACCAACUUCCUCUGCAUGGCUCCCAUCUCCUUCUUCGCAAUCUUGGCCGCGUUCAAGCUACCCCUCAUCACCUUAUCCCACGCCAAGGUGCUGCUGGUGUUCUUCUACCCCAUCAACUCGUGUGCCAACCCCUUCCUCUACGCCUUCUUUACCACGACCUUCAAGAGGGACUUCUUCAUCCUGGCUAGCCGCUUUGGGUGCUUCAAAGCCAGAGCGCAGAUGUGCCGCACUGAGAUGUCCUCACCCCAGAUCAGAGUCUUGUACACCACCCACAAAACCACCGAUGCCACCCGCAACCCUCAACCCUCUGGUGCCACUUAACCAUAACCACUGACUUCUGACCCCAGUUACCUUAACCUUUGACACCUGCAUCUGUCAAACUCCUUCACUCCUCAUCCACCACGGAUGGGACUGCAAUCAGUUUACAGGCGACUGUUAGGUUUGUUGCAAUCUUCAACUGCCAAGUAAACAAACACAAAGUUAGUUGUCCCCGCAGGGAAUCUGUAGAUGUGUUUUUCGGAUGCCGUUGCAGCUGUUCGGUAGUCAUGGACCGCCGACCUUUGUAAAGCACAGAACUGACUGGACUGCAUAGAGCAAAGGUCCCACAAUUCUGUGCAUUAAUUAUGAAUGCAAAGCCUACUUUUUAGUCAUUAUUUUUUCGAUGGUCAGUAGUCUCUCUGUUAGCAAUCUAAAUGUAUCUUUGUAACAAACACAAUAAAGUUAUAUAAAUGCUUGGAA